GCAGGUCUCACAGCAACAGAAUUCUGCGAAACGUUGCUGUUGUAUGAGUGCUCUAAGCUCUAACCGUUGAUAACUGACCGGAAAAUAAAGAGUUUAUCAGUACAGAGGAUCGUUUUUAACCGCCCAAAUAAUGUGAUCAGCGAUGCAUCAAUCCGCACAUUGAUCGUCGUUAAUACCUGUGUACACAAGCCACCAUGUAUCACGGUAUUUUCGAAAACAUUGAAGAGGUCCAGAAUAUCCUAGCCUCCUAUAGUCUUGAACCCGUUGAUGGAAAUCGCAUUUUCGAACUACUCGAAGCUUACAAAACAACCGAAGCAGUCGUCAAAAUACUUUUGAAAUCGCGGAGCCGGCCAGAACCUGAUUUGGUAAUUAACCCCUGGGCCAUAACGGCGGGCACCUCGACCCAGCGUGAAGAUCGUCGCACUCGAAUUUGUCCCUCCCCCCCAACUGAGAUUGAUAUCACAUAUUCAAGCGACGACGUACAAGUCAUUGAGCACAGAAUUGCUCGCCCUGUACUUCUGGACAACGACUUGAGCGAGCCGGUAGUACUAGACCUUGAAAACUGUCAGAUCAACGUAGACAUGCCGCAGGUUAUAAAUCGUGAACUAGAAAUAUUGCAGAGCACUGAGGCUGCUGCAGCGAUAUCAAAGAACACCAACGAUGACCAAAAAAGAUCCAAAAUGACCAAAGACAUAGUUGACAAUUUGAAAAAAAUAGCUAAUUAUCGGGGGGAGAAAUCAGAUGUUGUAGAGAUCGGAGCACCGAAACAAGCUGCUGAGGAGAUGCAAAUAGAAAAGGUAGAUGACCUUCCCGCUGGUCCAGCUAAAUCUGUUCUGGAUCCCACCAAAGACGGCGCUGCUGAAACAGGAACACGAAAAGAAGGUGUCAUCGACAGUUCAAAAGACAUAUUGGAAAGCAGGACUGACGAAAUGGAUGAAAACAAUUCAGACUCAGAUUCUGAGGUCGAGAUGGACGAUGAUUAUUAUAGAACAGUUGAAUUAGAAGAUUCUGAAGGAUUUGCAGAGACAGAUGAAAAGUUAUCGAUACCUCCUGAUUCAAUUUUGAGACUGAGCGAUGAAGCCGUGUUUCCGAAUUUCCAGAACCAAAAUACCGAGGCAUCGAAUUUCGGACAGGGUGAAAAUCGUAUGGAGGAAAUGCUUGAGGAGAAUAACAAUGACCCGAAUAAUAACUUGGAAGAUAGUGAAGUUCUCGAUCAAAACAUUACUGCUUCUGCAGUAGCAUGUAAUUCGGUAGCUCCUGAAAGAGAUGUGAUCGAGGAAAAGUCAAGCAGUCCAAGACCUGGGUGCAGCAAAGAUUCGUAUUACACAGAUUUCGAUGCUCGCAUGACCCAAGUAUCCAAUGAUAAAGCAGAUAUCAAUCCCACCAAGUCGAUGAGUGAGAAGUUGACAAUGAAGAAGACAUCAGAAGCGUACAAAGAGAACGAUUUACCUGUUGCAAAUAAUACGUCACAUAAUGAUGCUAAGAUGAUCGAUGAUUUGAAUUUGAUAAAAACUGUUCUACCUGGUUUUACUGAGGAGGAGAUAAUGUUGCUUUUGAUUAAUAAUAUAGAAGCUAGCAAUAGAGUUCAAUUAGUGCUCUGGGAUUUGCUGCCAGAUGAAAGACCACUGCCAAUUUUGUGUACGAAACGCAAACUGAAGGAGGAUAACAAUCCGUCUCCUAUUAAGAAGUUCUUACAGGACGAAUUGAUUUGCAAUAAAGAAAUCAAGGAGAUGACCGCUACUUCAACGAAAGCACCAAAAACAGAAUUAAUGGACCUACAAAGAAACGGGAUAGUGAAACCAGCCAAACUAAAACUUCUUGAUGCUCCAAAAUGCAUUGUGCAACCAGCAAAGCUAGGAUGUGUGAAUUCUAGCUCACAUCCACGGAUGCAGCAGCAUUCAAUGCCGAAACCUGGCGUCACCUUGAAACCCAGCAAACUCAACCAUUUAAAAGUCCAAGCACAAGAUGAACAAGCUAAAAAACGAAAAACUUUAAUUGAUGAAUUCGAAAAUUUGACAAAAACCUUCUUUCCAAAUUAUGAUGACCCAGCAACUAGUAGUAGCAAAAGUAUUGGCACUAUACCAAAGCAACGUCCAGAAACAAAAUCUAGAGCGUUGGAAGACCAGAAUGAUUUGAGGAAAAUAAAGGCUGUAGCUGAAAUGCCGGCUACUACAACGAACUCUAAAAUAAAAGAAGUAUUCCAUAAUCACAACGAUGCCAACUUCUAUGAUCAUAGCGUAAAGUCCCUAAGUCACGUUCGUCCUGAACCCGAACCUGACCUUAGAAUGUUUCCUCCAGCACCCAAACUGAAGAGCAAUGAUCGUCAGGUGAAUGCUACCUUACCGCCGAAAGCUGAGAGUAGGAAAACACAGCUGCCACAAACGGUACUGCCUCAGGGAAAUCUUGUAAUGGAGAUGCUUCAAGAAGUUGAACUUUCGCUGAAAAAAGCAGCAAUAUUGCAGAAGCCGGCAGAUUUGGUAGUACGCACCCAUCAUCUGACAAAUGAACAAAGAAAGCCUCAAGUUUUUCUACCUGCCGGAGGUCCUGACGUGCCAAGCAUAAUUUCUAUGUCUAACAACAUUCUGGGAGCAACAGUUGGAGCGGAAAGAGUCGAACCUGCUAUCAGGGUUCGUCAAGUUGAGAAACCUGAUGUUCAACCACGGAAGGAGCUGUUCAAUCCAUUGAUCAACAUUUUUCCAGACGUCGAUCCGAACCACAUUGCGGAUUUGUGUAAUGAGGCUAAAGCAAAGAAUCAGAACUUGGAAUACCUCGUUGAAAUCCUGCUGGUGAAUGGCUUCAGACAUCCUCGCAUUGUCAAUCCUGAUCCAGAGCCACAGGAGUUGAAUCCUGAUACUCAAUACGAAAAUCUUCAGGGAAUAUUUCCUGACGCUCACCCAGAGUAUUUGAGAGACAUAGCAGAAAGAUACUAUAAUGAUCCUGAGGCGAUGAAAAAUUUUGUCCAGGCUAAACUUGAAGUACCCGAUUAUCCGACAAUGGCUGAUUAUCGAAAGAAAAUGAAAAUUACUGAACAAAUACGGCAGUACACCGAGGAUUUUUGCGUGAAAAAAUUUCUUCAGAUAUUUCCAGACCCCUUUGCUCAUUUUGAGAAUCCUAAACGAAUUUAUAAAUACAACGUCAUCGCCUUCGAGUUUUUGAAAUCUCUUUUCAGAUUAAACAAGGUUGCCACAAUACAGAGAGUAUACAAAUCUCCAAAGCAUCCACAUCACGUGAGUUUGGCUGCCAAAGAACUUACAAGCAUAGGCCCGGAUAUGAAGACCAAAAGGGGUGACAAACUAAUUCCUACCGAAGAUAUUCCACUGCUGCAAGAGUUUGCUUUCAUACGUCACAAGAUAGUGAUAAAGGAGUACAUGAAGGAACAAAAACGGCAAGAGAAGGAGGAGUUCAAAAGACUGAAGGCAAGACACAAGCUUUUGGAAUGUCAAUGUUGCUUCGACGCAGAGUGCAUGCCGUCAAAGUGUUUGAAAUGCAGCGAUGGGCACAUAUUUUGUAAAUCUUGCAUCAAGCUCGGAUCGGUGACUAAAAUAGGUGAAGGACAAACGCACUUCCCAUGUUUCAUGGAGUGCAAGGGUGAAUUCACGCUGCCGGUUCUUCAGAAAGUCCUAGAGCCGACCAUGUUUAGUAUACUGCUUCGAAAGCGGCAGGAAGAGGAAGUCAAGGCCGCAGGAUUGGAAGGGUUGAUCUCCUGCCCAUUCUGCCAUUUUGCUUCCAUACCACCGCCUGAAGACAAAGUUUUCAAAUGCCUGAACCCUGAGUGUAUGAAAGAAACCUGUCGGCUCUGCAAGGAGCUAAAUCACGUACCUCUGCGCUGUAACGAAGUAACUAAAGGCGAGGAGGCCAGGCAUUAUCUGGAAGAGAAAAUGACGGAGGCAUUAGUCCGGAAGUGUUACAAAUGCAGCCGUCCAUUUUUCAAGGAUGAAGGAUGCAACAAGAUGACCUGUCCAUGUGGAGCGAUGACCUGUUACAUAUGCGGAGAGCCUGUCAAAGACUACAAACACUUUAAUGGACAAGGUUCCGAUCGUACCGAUCUCUGCCCACUGUGGAGUGAUAACAAAGUGUUGAACGCAGAGACUGUUAUCGUGGUUGCCAAAGCUGCGGAAAAAGAAAUUUUGAAAAAAAAUCCACUCUUAAAAAUCGACGCAAAAGCGCUGAUGCCUAAUUUGCCGCAAGCUUCUAAGGGGCCCCAUCAAGAUAUAGCCAACGGUCAUAUUCUGCCGGUACACAUCAGAAGAACGUGAUCCCAGCAGAAAUAGUCGGCAACAAGAGAUCGGAAGAGCUUCGCGU